GUCUAUACUUAUCAUUUGUGAUUUUUGUAAAUGUACAGUUCGAGCUGCUUAGCAGGAACAUUAUUGUCAUUGGUUGUCUUUUGUCAAAAAUACUAUUUCAUUUUACAAUAAUUAACCAGUAAUGAAGCAAUUCUAAUUAGCAUAAGUCUAUUAUCUCAAAUAUAAGUUUCAUUAUUACUUUUUUCAUAUCCUAAAUACGCAGAUUUAAAAUUAAUAAUUUGUAUAUACUCACCUUCCAUAUUACUAUACAUAUUGUUUGUGUAAUAACUAUUCUAAAUUCUAUGAACUCGAAUAUUUCUACCUGCAUAACUUCUGUUUAAUAUUUUUCUUAUGCACUCAAUUUCUUUUUUAACUGUACAAUACAAUUAUUAAAUAUUAACUUUCUUUAUUUAAUAACAUGUUUUUAUAUUAAAAACUUUUAUUGUACCAUAUUCAGCAAACUUAAGAUGAAUACAGAACAAUUUUCUCCAGUUAAUGAAAUUCAAUCAAAAAAACCAAUGCAGGGAAAGAACUUAGUAGGUGCAGCUCGACAUAUACGUGAUUUAGCUGCGGAUAUCCAUGCAAGUAUACAACAGUGGAAUGCAACUCAUUUACAAGGAAUAACAUUAUUAAAAGAUAUAACGCGAGAAAAACAGAAUUCAUCUUAUUCUCAGCUUCUACAAGAAUUAUGUGACAAAUUAGAAUCCAUUUGCAAUACAUUGGAUUCUGUCGUAAAAAAUUUUAUUCAAAUUGCACACCAAAUAAAAUUAACAACAUCCUUAGAAAAAGAUACGGAUAAGUUAUUUACAACAUGGCCUAUUACUAAAUUUGGUCAAAUAGCAGAGGUAAUACAUACAAUGUAUUCUGAAGAGGCUAAGAUGAAACGUAAAGUCUUUGAAGAUAUAGCUCAUCAGUAUACAGAAUCCUUGAAAAUGUUAUAUCUUGCUACAUGGGUACAUCAACCGUUGUUACCGGAAAGUCUAAUAAUAUGUUUGGAAUCAUUAUUGAUAGAAACUGGACAUAGAUAGUUGUAGUUAUUGUUGGUACAUAUCUUGGUAAGUAUUUUUGUAACUUUAAAACUGAUUUGAAGUUUAUAAUUAACUUUUUGUACACAAUAACUUGCAACUAUUGAAAUAAAACAAACAUUAAUAGAAUGUUCAUUUAUUUGUGGCUUUUGAAAUACCAUCUGUAUAGUUUCACAAAAAAGAAAAAGAAAAUAUGGAAUUAUUACAUAUAUAUAUACUCAGAAUCCAAAGCGCGCUAUGAAAUUGUUUACAAUUGGUACCUGAGAUCACAAAGAAAUACAGAUAUAGACAAGUACAAAUGUGCUAUAUUUUCUUUGCAAAUGCAGAUUCUAAAGAAUGUAUCAUAGAUACAAGGAACCAAACCUGCAAAGUUAAUAUAUUUCAUAGUUAGUUAUAAUUAAUCUAGUAGUUACUAGUGCCAUUAACGUUUAAUCAUAUCAAUAACUUCUUAUACACGUAUAAUACAUAUUUACAGAUAAAUACAAAAUUAAUAAUAUCCACUGUACAUAAAUGCUAUAACAACGUGGAUGGAAUUAUCUUAUUGAUGUUUAAAGUAUUCUUAAUGCAGUAUUUGUAUAAAAGCUGUAAGCAAUCCACCUGAAUUCAUAAAUAGUUGCUUUAAACUUUCAAAAUUAUCGCAUUUUUAUUCUACAAUAUUUUCUUUUACAGCUGUAACGAAAUUAUUGAUACAAUAUAAAUUAAUUUUUUUUCUUAUUCAUCGAUGAAUAGAAUCACGUUAGAGAUAUUGUCCUAUUAAAAAAAAAAGAUUAUUUGCAAUUAUAAAUUUAGAAAGUACAUUGCGAAAUAAUUUGUGCAUGAUCAUUUUUGUAGCACUGUAACUAAAGUCAAGAUAAUGUAUACGUAACUGACAGUAUAAUUAAUAUCUAUGCAAAAUUACAUUUACAAAAAACUUCUAUAUUUAUAUUUUUAUAAUGUUUAAGUUAUAGUUCUAGCAAGUCUAACUUCUUACUUUCUGCCUCGUUUACGUAUGACUUAAGUUUUUUUCAGGAGACUGCUCUAAAACUGUAACUAUUAAUUGCAUUAUGUGUACGAUUAUAAAGACUGUUUACCAAAAAUGAAAAAUUCUGAUGUGUAGUAGUAACAUCUUUUUUUAUGUUGAAAUUUAUUCGACAAAGUAAAGCUUCUUUAAAGACAACAUCAAUGCUUUUGUUAUUGAAGUUGUAAUCUUCUUGCAUAAGACAUAUAUUAUAUAAAAUAAAUAUAACAGAAACAGUCUUAUGUACAUACACAUACCAGAAUAUUAGACAUUAUAUUAUUUUAAUAUUGAUAUUGUUCAUUCAAAUAUGGAAGUUAUAUUAUAUUGAUUAUGAUACUGUCAAAAAUUCUAUAAAAAAAUAUCUACACCAUUGUGUAAUUAUAUGCAUACAUAUACAAUUUCAAAUAAUUGUAUAAUAAAUUCAGUAUCUUUAUACACUAUACAUAUUAUUUUAAUUUGUUUAGGAACAUUUUGCACACAAUCAUCCAAGAAUCAACUUCUAGU